AUGACAGCGACUCUUCGUCCAUACUUGAAUGCUGUCAGGGCCACUCUGCAGGCGGCCCUCUGCCUGGAGAACUUUUCCUCCCAAGUGGUUGAGCGUCACAACAAGCCUGAAGUCGAAGUCAGAAGCAGCAAGGAACUUCUUCUCCAGCCUGUAGUCAUCAGCCGUAAUGACAAAGAGAAGGUUUUUAUAGAAGGAUCUAUUAAUUCUGUCAGAGUCAGCAUUGCUGUUAAGCAGGCUGAUGAGAUCGAGAAGAUCCUUUGCCAUAAAUUCAUGCGCUUCAUGAUGAUGAGAGCAGAAAACUUUUUUAUUCUUCGGAGGAAGCCAGUUGAGGGGUACGACAUCAGCUUUUUGAUCACCAACUUCCACACAGAGCAGAUGUACAAGCACAAACUGGUGGACUUUGUCAUCCACUUCAUGGAGGAGAUUGACAAGGAGAUCAGCGAGAUGAAACUGUCGGUCAACGCCCGCGCUCGAAUUGUUGCAGAGGAAUUCUUAAAAAAUUUCUGA